CUGCCUGCCUCCCGUGCACGACACACGCACGCGCUCUCAAACGCUGCGAGUAAGAGAGAUGCGGUUGAGAGUAAGGGGGUCAAAGAAGAAAAAAGAAAAAAAACAAGUGAAAAAGUUGUUAAAAAAACAACAACCGACUAUCACUCGUCAUUUACUCAUUCAAGUGUGAGUUUAUUUGGUUGGACAUUCUGCUGAGACUUCUCUGUGGCGGAAAAGACUGUGAAAACACCGUUUACCAAAGAAAAAAGAACCCUGUAGGUGUCCAUCGAAGUAGCCAUCCAAAAUGAAUAACACAAGCUGCCACGUCUUUGGAGUGGAUCCACGUUCAGAAAGACAUCUCAUAACCUACAACCAAGAUGUGCUCAUAGUUAUCUCCGCUUUCCUGUCUCUCAUCGCCGCCUUUACUGUCGUAUCCAACAUGGUUGUCAUCAUCGCCUUAGUGCGACCAAGGCACCAGGAACGAACCAUCACGACGUACCUUGUUUCAUCCAUGGCGUUUUCAGACGCCGUUCUGGGGGCUUUCAUCCUGCCUUUGGGCAUCUACGAGAUCCUCAACAACGGCCGCUGGGACAUAGGCCGGGAAAUGUGUGACAUCAGAGUCACGACGGAUGUUGUUCUCUCUACGGUCUCUAUUUUCCACGUGACCAAUAUGGCUAUUGAGCGCUACUUGGCUGUGUGUAAGCCUUGGGUGUAUCGGACUUUAUCUAUGAAAACCACGUAUCUCAUGCUAGGCAUGAGCUGGCUUGUGCCCCUGUCCAUCGUGGCACUGCCAGUAUUGUGCAACUGGCACACUAUGGGUAUUGAGGCGCUUGCUAGUUGUUUGGAACUGGGAGACGGCAUAUCGAUGUGUGUUCUGAUGGUCAACGUGCCAUUUCAGCUGGCCAUGGCUUCCAUGUCAUUUUACGGCCCUCUCAUCAUCAUUAUCAUUAUCUAUUCUCUUAUAUUUAUUGAAGCUAGACGAAGUGAGAAGUAUCAUUCUUCAUCAAGUGUGACGCUUUCAGGCACACAUACACAUAAUACAGAUAUAGACAACCAACAGAAAGAGGCCCUAGGGAUUUCGAGAGAGAACAGUUCCGGUCUCUCAGUCCUUGAAGGGCCUGAGGGUCGUUUGAAAAGACACAACUAUGAAUACAAAGAGACAAAGUUAAAGAAAAGCAAGCAUAGAGGUAAAAACGUUAAAACGGCAAAAGCAAUCGGCCGUCUAAUACUGUGUUUUGCAAUCUGUUGGAUGCCGUUUAGUAUAUGGAGUGUUGUGACACCGUUCGUCAGUUAUUCCAUGCCACUGGCGCUUCACCUUUGUGUAACAUGGAUGGGUUACAUUAACUCUGCUAUCAAUCCAGUGCUUUACUGCUCUCAAAAAACGAUCAAAUCCGCCAUAUGGAAUCUUCUGUGUCCAAAAGUUGAACUGGAAAGACGAAGAAAACAGACCAGAUUUGAUUAUGUUCAUCAGUUGACAAGUGGAACAUAGAUGCAUUUACUUCUUAAUUACACCUUUGCAUUUAUGUAAAAUAAGGUUUUAACUUCACCAAUAAUCUUUUAUAGUUUUCUUCUUUUUCGUUCGCAAAAUGGGGUGCAAACGGAGAACACGCUCAGCGAGCCACCCAAUCGGCAAAAACUGGAUCGCUUCAGUUUCAACUUCUGAUGAAGAUUCGUGUGAAUGCCUCUGUGUUAAGCUUUAUUCGGAAAUAUGCUUGUCCUUAUAUAUCUUGCUUUGCUGCGAUGGACAAUUGUAUCUUUAAGAUGGGAUCAUGACGAGUAUGUUUAUUUGCUUUUAUUAGCACGUGAAGCGUUACUUAACACAAGAUAGUUUGUUUUGAACGUGUGGGGUGGAGGUUGAUUUACCAACAAUCAUGGAGUAGUUCGUAGACAGCUUUCCAACCAAGCUGUCCGCAAGAACUCACAUAGUGGCUUUCUCCUAAGAAGCUGCACAGUGACAUAAAAAGGCCUUCAAGGCUGCUAGCCUUUAGCUUUUGCAACAAGAUUGAAACAGCAAGUCAGGGUAAAGGAAAGGCUGUAAAAUGAAACAAAGCCUUUAAUUUCUUUUUCGUUGGAAUAGACUUGUAUCUUACGAGAAAAUAUUUCAAACACACAUUUCACUAAAUCACAGAGAGCAAACAUUAAACUAUUAAUAUUAUUCCAAUA